AUGACUGAUGCUUUCCCCAGUGCCCUGGUAGGGCCAUCCUCCAAAGAAAGAAAGUAUGAUCGCCAGCUGCGCUUGUGGGCGGCUAGCGGACAGCAAGCUCUGGAAGAGUCCCGGGUCCUUUUGAUCAACUCCGAUGGUCCCUGGGGAAACCAGAGCACUGGCGCUUCGGGGGUGGUGGGCGUCGAGGCACUCAAGAACCUUGUGCUUCCGGGUAUUGGUGGUUUUACGAUUGUGGACCCAGCAGUUGUCACUAAGCCUGAUCUUGGGGUGAACUUCUUUCUCGAGGAAGAGAGUCUGGGGAAAUUCAGGGCCGAAGAAACGUGUCGGUUGUUGAGGGAACUGAAUCCCGACGUGGAAGGAAGCUUUCGUUCAAAGACAAUCGCAGAGGUUCUGCAGCAGGAGCCUGAUUUCCUUACGCAGCACAAGCUAGUCUUGGUAACCGGGCCGAUGAAGCGAUCAUCGCUUGAGACUGUUUGCAAGACUGCCAAGGCAUUGAAUAUCCCAGUGCUAUAUACACACUCUGUUGGAUUCUACUCCGUCUUUUCCCUUCAGCUCCCUGCAGAGUUUCCCAUAGUAGAGACUCAUCCAGAUCCAGAAUCGACUCAGGACCUUCGUUUACUCAAUCCAUGGCCGGAACUAGCAGCUGCCGCCGGCAGCAUUGGCAACUUGGAAAGUAUGGAGGAUCAUCAGCACGGCCACGUCCCAUAUGUUCUCUUGCUACUUCACUACUUAGAGAAGUGGAAACGAGCCCAUGAUGGCAAUGCGCCUUCCAACUACAAGGAGAAAUCCGAGUUCCGGGAGCUCGUUCGAGCUAGUGCGAGAACAAAUACCCCGGAGGGCGGCGAAGAGAAUUAUGACGAAGCAGUAGCCGCCGUGCUGAAAUCUCUAAAUCCCUUCAGCUUGCGCGGUCCCAUCCGUGAAAUCUUUGAGUCAGGCCAGUGCAAGAAUCUCCAGCAGGACUCGGCUGAUUUCUGGGUCAUUGCGUCGGCUGUCCAUGAGUUUUAUCAAACCCACCAAGUGCUCCCUCUGCCGGGUUCGUUACCGGAUAUGAAAGCGCAAUCGGCCGACUACGUUUCGCUUCAAAAUAUCUACAAGUCCAAGGCAAGACAGGAUGUGGAGGAAGUGAUAGCAACAGUGAGAAGGCUGGAAGCCCAGCUGGGACCGCGGCUGGCCGCCAUCCCAGAAAAAGAGAUCGAAAUCUUCUGCAAAAACGCUGCCCACAUCAAGGUUAUUCAUGGACGUGAUAUUCCUCACGUAGAGGAGGCCCACACUCUGAAAACAAUAACCAACAGUCUGAGCUCUUCUGAAUCGCUCAUUCCAAUUUUUAUUGCUUGCCAGGUUCUGGACCGGGUUGUGACGCAGAUUCAAGAAGGGAACGUUGCCGAGACGUCUCUGGAUGCCGAUAUCCUGUGGGAUACCCAAAUCCACCAAGUCAUCGGUGAUCUUUCGUCAAACAACCCUGGUGCUGUUGGUGAAGGUGCACGAGAGAGAAUCCUGGAGGCUACACAAGAAUUAAGACGCACGGAGGGUGGAGAGUUACACAACAUCUCUGCUCUUACAGGAGGACUUGUGGCACAGGAGGCGCUUAAGGUGAUGACACGGCAGUAUGUGCCCUUGGACAAUACCUGUAUAUUUGAUGGAGUGUACAGUCGUAGCGAGAUGUAUAGACUGUGA